UUCUUUCUUUGCUUAGAGAAAAUGAGGGAAGAGAGAGAAACAAGAGAUAAUGUAUUAUCAUGGCCUCUAAUCGGAGAGAAAGGUAAGAAAAGCAGUGUAAAAGAAGAAGUGAAGAAGCAGCUAUGGCUAUCGGGUCCACUAAUCGGCGUCAGUCUUCUUCAGUUUUGUCUUCAAGUCAUCUCUGUAAUGUUUGUCGGCCACCUUGGCUCUCUUCCUCUCUCUGCUGCCUCCAUCGCCACCUCGUUUGCCUCCGUCACCGGCUUCAGUUUCCUCAUGGGAACAGCAAGUGCGUUAGAUACCCUUUGUGGCCAAUCAUACGGAGCAAAGAUGUAUGGAAUGUUGGGGAUACAAAUGCAAAGAGCAAUGUUUGUUCUUACGCUACUCUCUGUUCCUCUCUCCAUCAUUUGGUUUAACACAGAACACCUUCUCCUCUUCGUCGGACAAGACAAAUCCAUUGCUAUACUCGCUGGCUCGUACGCAAGAUUCAUGAUCCCAAGCAUCUUCGCCUAUGGUCUACUUCAAUGCUUUAACAGGUUUUUGCAGGCACAAAACAAUGUGUUUCCUGUGGUCUUAUGCUCUGGAGUCACCACUUGUCUUCAUGUCCUCCUAUGUUGGGUCUUGGUUUUGAAAUCUGGUUUAGGGUUUAAAGGAGCUGCUGUGGCUAACACUAUCUCGUAUUGGCUUAAUGUCGUACUCUUGUUCUGUUACGUCAAGUUAUCGCCUUCUUGCUCACUGACUUGGACCGGUUUCUCUAAGGAGGCUCUACACAACAUUCUCCCUUUCAUGAGACUAGCUAUUCCUUCUGCACUCAUGGUCUGCUUAGAGAUGUGGUCCUUUGAGCUUCUGGUUCUCUUGUCAGGUCUUCUUCCAAACCCGGUUCUUGAAACUUCUGUUCUCUCAAUCUGCCUUAAUACAGCUGGAACAGUUUGGAUGAUCCCGUUUGGUCUUAGUGGAGCUGCAAGCACAAGGGUGUCAAACGAGCUAGGGGCGGGGAAUCCGAGAGUGGCUAAGCUUGCGGUGCAUGUGGUCAUUUGCAUCGCAAUCGCAGAAAGUAUAGUGAUCGGAUUGGUUUUGAUACUGAUAAGGAAUAUAUGGGGAUUGGCUUACAGUAGUGAACCGGAAGUAGUCACCUAUGUAGCCUCGUUGAUGCCGAUUCUUGCCUUAGGCAAUUUUCUAGACAGUCUUCAGUGUGUUCUCUCAGGGGUUGCUAGAGGAUGUGGAUGGCAGAAGAUAGGAGCAUUCAUAAAUCUUGGAUCAUAUUAUUGUGUUGGAGUACCUUCAGGCUUGUUACUUGGUUUUCACUUUCACGUCGGUGGUCGGGGGCUUUGGCUUGGAAUCAUAUGCGCACUCGUUGUUCAGGUUAUCUGUCUUUCACUUGUCACCUUGUUUACAAAUUGGGAUGAAGAGGCCAAGAAAGCAACAAAAAGAGUCGAGUCUUCUUCAGGUGCGAGGGAUGGUACACUCCAUAAUGAGUCAACUGUUGUAUUCUGAGAGCUAUUCUUUUGGGUCAAAAUCCUAAGAGCUUUUAAGAAACUUUAAUAUAACGUUUAAGAUCAUUAUUUAUUAAAUAAAAUAAAAAGAUUUCUCAAUCAGAACACAUGUAGUUUUUAUUAACCAAAUGGAG